AUGGAUCAUGCAGAGUAUUUUGCAACAACACCUGCACCCUGCAACUUGCAAGACGUAGCUCAGCGCACAAGAGAUUUUGUAGCUUACAAUAGCAGUUUGAAUCGAAGAGUGGUGUUGGUAUCUUCGGGAGGAACCACAGUUCCACUAGAGAACCAGACAGUAAGGUUUCUGGACAACUUUAGUGCUGGCACUCGAGGCGCAACAUCAGCUGAAUACUUUAUUCAAGCCGGUUAUGCCGUCCUUUUUCUACAUCGACAGUUUAGUCUAGAGCCAUAUACUCGCCAUUACACUCAUGCCAAAAACUGCUUUUUAGAUUUCCUCACUGCUGACCCGGAUGGGCAUCUGAGAGUGGUUGAUCAGCACCAGUCAGAGAUUGCAUCCGCUCUAGUCAAGUAUCAGGAUGCAAACAAAAACUGCAAGUUGCUCAAGAUUGGGUUUGUGACCGUGCACGAUUACCUCUUUUACUUGCGUCAGAUUACUAUGGAAAUGUCCACUUUGGGAUGUUAUGGAAUGUAUUAUCUGGCUGCAGCUGUGAGCGAUUAUUACAUCCCUCAUAGCAAAAUGAUUGAGCACAAAAUUCAAUCGGCUGAUGGUGCCUUGAGUUUGCAAUUAGAGCAAGUACCAAAGGUGAUCAAGCCACUUGUGCAUGAAUGGGCCGAGCAUGGAUUCAUUGUGUCGUUCAAGCUCGAAACAGAUGAAUCUUUUCUGAUACCCAAAUCUCGUAAAGCGCUUGAGCGCUAUGGUCACCAGCUCGUUAUCGCCAACAUGCUUCAUACUCGCAAGCAUGUUGUGCAUUUGAUCCAUUCAAAUGCAAACGAGGAUAUUAGACUGACUGAGCAAGAAAUCAAAGACAAUGUCGAGAUUGAAUCUCACAUUAUUUCUCAUUUGAUGAAGCUACAUGACAAGUGGAUUGUUGAAUCCAUAAACAUCAAAUAG